CAAUAUCUCCCCGUUAGCCCCAGAAACGCAACGGUGGCGGAUAAAUUUAGUCAUAGAAAUGGCUCCCGUGGCCAGAGCUAUAGCCUUAGCAGGAGCAUUUCACCACUAUUCCCACAUCACCAUUAGAUCACCAAGGAGACUUUACCAUUCUUGCAGGGCUAUCUAUAACCCAAAGGUCCAAAUCAAAGAGGAAGGACAGCCUCAGACCCUUGAUUACAGGGUCUUUCUUGUUGAUCACUCUGGCAAAAAGGUCACUGGUUUUUUCGUUCCCACUUCCAUCUUUCAUGUCAAAAAUGGUUUCUUUCUUAUUUGGGGCUGUAUCUCCUUGGCAUGAUAUUCCAUUGCAUUUGGGUGAUGGAGUUUUUAAUUUUGUUGUUGAGAUACCCAAAGAUACUAGUGCCAAAAUGGAGGUUGCUACUGAUGAGCUAUACACUCCAAUAAAGCAAGAUACAAAGAAGGGAAAACUUAGAUACUAUCCUUACAACAUCCAUUGGAACUAUGGAUUACUCCCUCAAACUUGGGAAGACCCAUCAUUUUCAAACCCCAAAGUUGAAGGAGCGCUAGGAGAUAAUGACCCAGUUUUAGUUGAUGUUGUUGAGAUUGGAGAGAGACGAAGAAAGAUUGGUCAGAUCCUCAAGGUUAAGCCCCUAGCUGCUUUAGCUAUGAUUGAUAAGGGGGAGCUUGAUUGGAAAAUAGUUGCAAUAUCUUUGGAUGAUCCAAGAGCUUCACUUGUGAAUGAUGUUGAUGAUGUUGAGAAACAUUUUCCGGGUACUCUUGUUGCAAUUAGGGAUUGGUUCAGAGAUUACAAAAUCCCAGAUGGGAAACCUGCUAACAGGUUUGCUCUUGGGAACAAGGCAGCAAACAAGGAUUAUGCUUUGAAGAUUAUCAAUGAAACUAAUGAGUCAUGGGCAAAGCUAAUGAAGAGAUCUAUACCUUCUGGGGAUCUUUCUCUCCUGUAAACUAAUGCAAAUAAUCUGAUCAUGUAGUUUUGUUUUAGUAAACAAUGCCUUGAGAAAUGAUUUUUCACUUUCUUUUGAGUUCUAUGUGCGUGUGUGUGUUUGGGGGAUAGCAUGACUCAAGUUUUACUGAAUUAUGCCUCAUAUGGUCCAUUUAUCCC